AUGGUGACAAAAAUACAGAAUUAUCGGUUACGACAACACCGACAUGACUUUUGUACGUGUGAUCUGAGUCUUGGAAAAUGUAAUAUUGACUGUUGUUGUGAUAAUGAUUGCGAUGGAUAUCAAAAACGAUCGUUUGGUGAAUGUAUUAAAACAUAUGACACCGUUUAUGACCCGAGAUAUUGUAGUCAUCAUAAUAUUGUCUACAAUAACAAUACUGGAACUACUGUAGAGACGACUAGUAAUGGUCUGUUUUGUAUUGUUUGGGACAAUACUCAUGUGCGCCAACUCUAUGACGAUGUCAAGCCAUACAAAAAUUUACAGACAUUAAGAGAUAAAGUUAUUCCUCAACAUAAUUAUAAAUGGGAUCUAAAAGUUGAUAAACAAGUUGUUUCACCAAAUGAUAAUCAAUACAAACGAUCACUUUAUUUGAAAAUGAAAUCUGGAAACAACUUAUUAAUAGCAAACAUGUUUAAUGAGUCCAAUUGGGAUGAGUCUGCUGUUUGGCAAUUACCUCAAUCAGUCAUAUUCACUGACGGCGACUGUAAUUCAUUCAAAUCUGUCCGAUAUUUAAAGCCAUUUCAAUCAAUAUGUUAUCAAUCAAUUAGCGAUUUAAGUCAGGAUUGCGAGAAAAAUAAAUAUUUGGACACAAAUUAUUUUAGUUCAUUUGCAAUUGUCUCAAGAAAUUAUGCUAAUUAUAACGAUACUCAACCCUAUUAUGUGAAAAUCAUAAAUAAAUCAAACAAAUUAAAUGAAACCCCCAGUUAUGAUCCAAACAAUAAAAUUUGCAACAAUUUAGUCCAAUCUGUAGAGUAUGUCAUUAGACACGACGGACUUCAUGGCAUAGUUGAAGCUGAAGUCAAUUUUAAGAUAAUUAGUCUAAGAAAAGUUAAUUAUUGGUUUAAACAAACAUUUAGUGUAACAUUUGAAUGGUUUAAUCAAACAAAAAAUAUUGAAGUGAGUGGUAAUCCAGGCUAUAUUAUAGGAAAACCAAUUUUGGCCGCUUAUAAAAAUCAAGAUUUGAAUAUUUCUCGAGAUAUUAAUGGUUACAAAAUUAUGACUAAAAAUAAGGACCAAUUUUGUAACAUUAAAUCGUUAAAAGAGUCGAUAAAGUUUGGCAUCAAUUUGAGAACCGGUUGUCUUCUGGACUUUCAAACUAUAAAACAAAACAACAMWUCUUGUGAUUUAAUUCAGUCAACAAUUUACAAACUAUUAGAACCCGAACCACGAGUUCAAUAUAUCGGUGUUUUCGGUAAUUCUUUGGACAACUCGACAAUUGAUUGGAUCGAAAUCAUUGAUUCAAAUAAACCAAACAAAACUGAUAUCAUUAACAACAUUAAUGUUUGUCCCACACUUGUAACCGGUAUAUCACUUCAUAUAUAUUAUAUAAUGGCUGGAAGUGUUAGACAACCUCAGCUUAAAGUUAUCGGAGCUAUCAAAGAGUUUCAUAGUAUUUCUGAUGUAAUGAUUAAAUGCAAAUCCGAUUGCAAUAAUUUAAUACAAGAGUUGAGCACUUCUGUCACAUUUUUGGAUAUAACAAAGCCUUGUAGACCCAACUAUGCCCCUCCCGUCACCUUUAAAAUACAACUUCCCUCUGAUUUCUUCUACCCAUUCCUUAUAAAUACAGGUCAUUAUAUUGAAUUGAAUAAUGUAUUAGUGAUGAAUGUCUUAUUUAUUAUUGUAAUAAUGAUAUGA